AUGGGAACCUUGGGCUCGGCUCACUCGUCUGCAGAAUUUGGCUUGGUGAAGGGAGUCACACCUAAAGGGGUGCACACUGUGAUCAGCACAGCUUCGUCCAAGCCAGCCGAGGAAAUCAUGCAGACUCUUGUGGACCAACAGAAAGGGCGUAGUGUCGCCGCUCCUGCACAAUUAUACUUCCUGCUCUACAUCUCCACCGAUCGAAAUCGAGCCAAGGCUCUCAUUCAGAAGGUGAAAAGGGCAGGUUAUAAGGGCCUGUGGAUUACUGUUGACGCUCCUGUGCUUGAUUUGAAGUGGAUCAGAGAAGAAUGGGCUGGGCCCAUCGUUCUCAAAGGAAUCCAGUCCGCAGCGGAUGCCAAAUUAGCUGCUGCAUAUGGAUGCCAAGGUGUUCUCCUGAGCAAUCACAGAGGAAGACAGAGCCAUGGAUCUCCGAGUUCCCUCCUAACUCUUCUAGAGAUCCGUACCUAUUACCGCGAAGUUCUCAGCAGUAUUGAAGUCUUUGUUGAUGGAGGUCUUCGUGAUGGUGCAGAUGUGCUCAAGGCUUUGUAG